AUGGCUCCUAUGAUUGAGGACAGCGUCUCCCACACAAUCAACGCCCCCGGCAAACCCGUCAGCGAACCCACCUUGUAUUCCAACGUAAAUGAGGAGCACCUUCAGGCCAUUGCAUCGAGUUGCCUAGCCAAUUAUGGUACCAAGUUCGAGAAAGAUGUCGUGGUUGGUAGCAAAGGGCUGUACGUCUACACCGCCAGUGGCCACAAGGUCCUUGAUUGGACAUCGGGUCAAAUGUCAUGCUUGAUCGGACAUGGACACCCCGAGAUUGUGUCUACGAUCCACGCUCAUGCCGAGAAUUUGGACCAUCUCUUUUCGGGCAUGCUAUCGCCGCCUGUGAUCAAUCUGGCCCAGAGGCUGACAUCCCUCUUGCCCGAUGGUCUUGACAAAGCAUUCUUCCUCUCGACGGGAGGCGAGUCCAAUGAAGCCGCCAUCAAGAUGGCCAAGGUGUACACCGGCAAAUUCGAAAUAGUUGGCUUGGGAGCGAGCUGGCAUGGUGUUACAGCCCAGGCCUUAGGCACACAGUACCAUUAUGGCCGUAAAGGACAAGGUCCAACGAUGCCUGGAAUGCAUAUGCUUCCCCCACCAAAUACUUAUCGAUCCAUUUUUCGCAAGCCUGAUGGUUCGUAUGAUUGGGAGACUGAGCUCAACUAUGGUUGGGACCUAAUUGACCGGGCAUCUUGCGGAUCACUAGCUGCAUGCAUCGUCGAAUGUAUCCAAUCCUCGGCUGGGAUGCACGUUCUUCCACCAGGAUACCUGAAGGCAUUGAAGAAGCAUUGUGAGAAGCGAGGGAUGCUCCUCAUCGUCGACGAGGCUCAGACUGGCGUUGGGCGAUGUGGAGACCUCUUUGCUAUCGACCACGAAGGCGUUGUCCCCGACAUCCUGACCCUCAGUAAGACUCUGGGAAAUGGCUUACCUUUGAGCGCCGUGAUCACGAGCUUGGAGAUCGAACGUGUCUGCGCAGAAAGAGAUUUCUGCUUCUAUACCACUCAUGUCAAUGAUCCCCUACCUGCAUCAGUAGGAGACAAGGUCUUGGAGAUUGUGGUCAGGGACAACCUCGUGGAGAAUUCCCGUACCCUGGGCUUGAGGUUACAGGCCGGACUGCAGAAGCUCAAGGAACGUUACGGUUGCGUCGGUGACGUGCGAGGGCGAGGACUGAUGGCUGGAUUGGAAAUUGUGGGAGACCGCGAGACCAAGGCACCGGCCCUCGACCUCGCACGCAGAAUUGCUGACAAGAUGUAUGAACUGGGCUUAUGGGCAAACUUGAGCAGCCAUUCCAGCUUCGGAGGCGUCUUCAGAAUAGCACCACCCAUCGUGCUCACUGAAGAGCAGCUGGAUGAGGGUUUGGAGAUCAUGGUGAAAGCAUUUCAUAUGACUGAAGGAACGAUGCCGUUGAACUGAUUGGAGACAUUGGACUUGAAAAAAGUCGAUUGAAAGGUAUUUGAGCUAAGUUUGUGAUGCUGGAGCAUGAUAUGAUGAACAGAUCGAUGUCGAUAUGAAUUAGCGCUACAAAGACAUGAAUGAUGAUCAUAACGAUUGAACACUGAAU